UGCUACAGAAUAUUGAAAAGUGCAAUUUAAAGUUUUGUUUCCUUUACAUUGGAAAUUUCCUUUACAUUGAUUAACUCGAACGCGAUCAUAAAAUAUAAUUAAAUAAUAAAAUAUUUCUAAUAAAAUUUACGAUAUUUUAAGAAGUGCUAACAAUGAUUUUGGUAUUAUUCUUGAUUGUGAUAACCCUAUAUUGUCUCUUCAAAUAUGUCACAGCGAAUAAAAACUUUUUCGAAGAGCAAAAAUUGAAAUAUUUGAAACCAAAGUUUGGUUUUGGCCAUACAAUAUGGCUUAUAUUUCGACAAUACACUCCGGCUGAUUUCAUUGAUUCAAUUUACUAUAGUUUUCCAAAAGAAAAGUUGGUCGGAUUUUAUGACAUGAGAGAGCCAGUAUAUAUGCCGCGCGAUCUGGACCUUUUACGUCAAAUUAUGGUGAAAGAUUUUGAUCAUUUUGAAGAUCAUGAUGGCAUCAUUGAAAGCAAUACGACUUCUCUGUUUGGAAAGAGCUUGUUCAUAUUGAGUACGAAUAAAUGGCGUGAAAUGCGAGCAAAUUUGACGCCUGCAUUCACCGGAAAGAAAAUGCGACUUAUGUUUGAGCUGGUCGUUGACUGUGUAAAAAGUAUAGAAACACUUUUCAUUGAACAAGUCAAACAACAGCAACCGAUUCGCUAUGAAAUGAAGGACUUCUACGCUCGAUAUAUGGCCGAUGUUAUUGCAUCGUGUGCAUUUGGAGCGAAAACUGAUUCACUAAGAGAAAGACACAAUGAUUUUUAUGUUACUGGAGAGAGUUGUGUCGAUUUCGAAUCGCCACAAUUCUGCUUACGAAUGCUUUUGGUUCGAGCACUUCCACGAUUGACGCAGCUAAUAAACUUUGAAAUUUUUCCGGCUAGUGUUAAUCGAUUUUUUAAAUCGAUGGUUUUAGAUACGAUGGCAGAACGACAGAAAAAGAAUAUUGUUCGACACGAUAUGAUUAAUAUUUUAAUGGAACUACGCAAAGAAUGUUUAUUUAGACGACUUAACGAAGAGACUCAUUGUAAUGAUACCAGUUUUUCCGAAAAGAACAAAUUAAACAAUCAACAAAUUAAAUUGAAAAGCAUUUGGCAAGAUGAUGAAAUUGUUUCUCAGUGUUUCGUUUUCUUCGUCGCGGGUUUUGAAACUACAUCCACACUGUUGUCUUUUCUAUCAUAUGAAUUGGCAAUCAAUCAAGACAUACAACAGAAAUUAUACGCGGAGAUCCUUGAAGUGAACAGUACUCUGUCCAAGGAUAGUGAACAGGGAACUGCAUUGAACUACGAUGCACUUUCGAAAAUGAAGUACAUGGACCAAGUUUUGAAUGAAACUUUAAGAAAAUAUCCCCCAGGAACAUUUACCAACCGAAAAUGCACCAAAGACUAUAGUGUUAAUUUAGAUGGCAAUACAGUUACAAUUAAUAAAGGACAAGUCUUGUGGAUUCCAAUCUAUUCCAUUCAAAAUGAUCCACUGCACUUUGAGAAUCCACAUAUAUUCGACCCAGAAAGAUUUAAUGAAGAAAACAAACCAAAAAUAAAACCUUAUUCAUUCAUCCCAUUCGGAGUAGGACCACGUAGUUGCAUUGGACUAAGAUUCGCCAAUAUGGCCAUGAAAGCAAUAUUAUUCAAUAUAUUGUUAAACUAUUCGAUGCAACCAUACGAAAAAACACAAAUUCCCUUGAAAAUCGUCAAAUGUGUAGUCAAUUGGGCUACUGAAACAGGAAUUCAUAUCGAAUUUGUGCCGCGCAAGGCUGACUAAGUAGGAGCUUCUUAUCCAAUCAAAUCAUUUGCACAUUCAAAUUAUUUUUAAUAUUUGUAAAUAUUAGUUGUUAAUAAAGAAUAAAGUACUUUUAUGUAUAAAUAAAUAAUAUUUAAAAACA